CCCAGCAGUGUCUGCUCAGUGGCUGCUGCUAUGGUAAUGGUGCGUGCAGCAUCGAUACGUUAGUGGUCAAAUUAACGUCCCGGGUGAGACUUAAAUGCGAGGAUAGACGCGGAAGUAAACAAGAAAAAGGACUUAAGCGUUGGAGAAUAUGAACAAAGUGGACGCACCAUGCCGACCCGUCGCCUCUCUGAAAUUCACCAUUGACAACAUCCUGAAUCUCAAAACAAGCGGGAGGAACCGGGACAGCUGUCACCCCGCCGGGUUGCACGAUGACUCCGCCACUGCCAUGCGUAGAGACGUUUUCCAGAGCCACCACGAGGAGCACGUAGCCCAGCAGCGACAAGACCCGGGCAGCAGACUGAACGACAGAGAGUUGCUGACAGACUGCAGGGGAGCAGCGGACUCCGUCAUCAUCAGCCGCGUGGACCCGAACAAGGCGACCGAGGUGCGCUUCGAGAGCGGGGACAGCAGCUGCGACGACAGCAGUUCCACCAACACGGCCACGGACACCCACAAAGGUGGCAGCUCUGUCAAGAAGAGCAAAAUGAUCACGAAAAAGAAAACGCGCACUAUUUUUUCCAAGAGACAGAUCUUUCAGUUGGAGUCUACCUUCGACAUGAAACGCUAUCUGAGCAGCGCAGAGCGCGCCUGCCUCGCCAGUUCCCUCCAGCUCACGGAGACCCAGGUCAAAAUAUGGUUUCAGAAUCGCAGGAAUAAAUUGAAACGGCAAAUCUCAACCGAAAUCGACGGACCUGUUAGCGAUUUCCCUGAGAAUGGAAAGCCCGUGGUGGUGGGGCAGCUCCCGGCCUUGUACAAAGAGAGCAACCUGCUGGGGAGGUGCCUGCUGCCCAUGCCUCUGCCCGUGGUUUACCCGGGGAGCAGCACGCCUUACCUCUGCUUCACUAACGCCAGCAAGUACUUCAGCCUGUAUGACGGGGACGUAUGAUGGUGACAUUUAUUCCCACGUGAAAGAGACACUUUUUGGUGGACUGUAGCCAAGGUUCAAGCAUUUAAAAAAGUGUUAGAUUGGGGGCCGGACCUGCGGCCUUACUGUUUGUGGAGACUGCAGAUAAAACGACAGAGGAGUAGUUACAAACCUUUUUUAAAAAUAUGCUGAUUCGGUAUUAUUUAUUUUCUUUCGUCAAAGUUAUGGGUUUUGUAUACGCCUGACACUAAACCUACUGCAGAUAACAGUUUUUAGGAUAUAGCAGGCUAAGCUAAUAAUAGCCUGAGGGAGGCCUAAAACAUUAUUAAUCCUAACAUUUUAUUGUUUACAUGACAUGGCAUUAGUAUCAUUAUUAUUGUGAUUAUUAUUAUCAUCAACGACAACAGCAUUUCCAGCAGCCUGCGCCACCAAAGAAAUUAUAGCCUAGCUAUUUGCAUGCAUUUACUGUAUCAUAAUGAAUUUUGAAUUACUGAAAUUAUCUAUGUAUUUAAAUGAAUGUAAUUAACAUUUUAUUAUAUAUCUCACGCAUGUCUAUUUUGUUUUCUGAGUAUCCUACUAUUCUUACUUCAUUCCACGUUUGUCUAUAGGCCCAUUACACCAUUUAUUGAAACUGUAAUUAAAACAUCUUCAUUCAAGAAAUAUUUUUAUUUACUAUUUUGAACUGAACUGAUUGUGUUUCGGACCAGUUUAUGUCUACAUGACACUGCAGUAAAUGAGGAUACUAUGUACGUUCAGUCAGUUUUAUAAUUCGAACAUGGUGUUGUUAUUGCAGAAUCUUAUUCAUUUCAGCAUAACGUCUAACAUGGAUUGUUUAGGUAUAGGCUAAAAUAAUAUGAGAAGACUCAUGUCAUGUUACAAGUGUAACUACACCAGGAGCUGAAAAAAACAUAAAUCAAAGCACAAACGUAAACAAUGUGAUGUAAAUGUGGGCUCCUCAAACUUAGGCCCAAAUUGACACACUCCUAUUUUUUAGCAACACAUUUACAACAGCAUGCACUGUGUAUUAUUGUGUUUUAAAUUAGGAUCAAGGCAAUUAUAAAACAAAUUCUGAAACCUUCAUUAAAUCCAUUACUAACAGCUUGAUACAAAUAAACAAUACCACUUAAGUUGUAAUGAUGUCAAUGCGUUUGUGUAACAUGUAAAAAAACAGUGGAUAUCAAUAGGAAUAUCAAAAAAUAUGUAUCUGUUCAGGAUAUAAAUGAUCAGAUAUACCAGAUUUGACCAGAGAACCCACACAACAUUUUGGUUAACACUGAUCUUUUGCCAUUCUUGCACACAGGAAGUGAAAAGCAGACGGUAGGGGACACAUAUCCCACUUUACAUUUUCAGUUUAAAUUCAACAAUUCAAAUGUUUAAUUCUCAUAUGCACGAAAGCUAAAGCGAUGUUGUUGGGAAUGAAUAUCCAAGUCCUGUGCCAAGACUGUAAGACAUAAUGUACGUAAAGUAAU